CCCCGGAAACCACAACCCCCUGCUGGCUUCUAAGGAACCAGCUUCUGGCUUCCCUCUGCAACAGGCUGCGUGCUUCAGACCCUGAGGUUAGUUACUGCAGGCUUCGCACCCCUCGACCUGGACUUCUGCUGACACCCAAUCCAGUCGGUGGGGCUGGAGCUGGGGUGGGGCACUGGGGGUAGACAGCGGACCCUGCCCGGUGUAGGUGAGACUGACAGCGGGGAGAGCUGCCCCAGGCGCCCCACCCCACCCUCAUGUCACCUGGAGAGAAACUGGACCCGCUUCCUGACACUUUCAUCCUGCAGCCGCCAGUCUUCCACCCGGUAAUUCCUUAUGUCACAACAAUUUUUGGUGGCCUGCGAGCAGGCAAGAUGGUCAUGCUCCAGGGAGCGGUCCCUCUAAAUGCACGCAGGUUCCAGGUGGACUUCCAGUGCGGCUGCAGCCUGCACCCCCGGCCAGAUAUCGCCAUCCACUUCAACCCUCGCUUCCACACCACCAAACCUCACGUCAUCUGCAACACCCUGUACCGUGGGUGCUGGCAAGUUGAGGCCCGGUGGCCCCACGUGGCCCUGCAGAGAGGGGCCAGCUUCCUCCUCCUGUUUCUUUUUGGAAAUGAGGAAAUGAAGGUGAGUGUAAAUGGACAGCACUUCCUCCACUACCGCUACCGGCUCCCGCUGUCUCGGGUAGACACCCUGGGCAUAUUUGGCGACAUCUCAGUGACGGCUGUUGGAUUCCUGAACAUCAACCCAUUUGCGGAGGGUGGCAGCGAGUACCCGGUUGGACACCCCUUCCUGCUGAGGAGCCCGGAGCUGGAGGUGCCCUGCUCGCAUGCCCUUCCCCAGGGUCUCUGGCCUGGACAGGUCAUCAUAGUGCGGGGACUGGUCUUACCGGAGCCAAAGGAUUUCACGCUCAGUCUGCGAGACGAGGCCGCCCAUGUUCCAGUGAUGCUCAGGGCGUCCUUUGCAGACAGAACUCUGGCCUGGGUCUCCCGCUGGGGCCGGAAGAAGCUGAUCUUGGCCCCUUUCCUCUUUUACCCCCAGCGAUUCUUCGAGGUGCUGCUCCUGUGCCAGGAGGGAGGCCUGAAGCUGGCGCUCAACGGGCAGGGCGUGGGGGCCACCAGCCUGGGCCAGCAGGUCCUGGAGCAGCUACGGGAGCUGCGAAUCAGUGGCAGCGUCCAGCUCUACUGUGUCCACUACUGAGGAGGGAGCCAGAGGGUCCAGCCAACGAGGACCUGCCUAUACCGAGGGCCCCACCAGCUGACCCCACUCUCCUCCCCUUGUUAAAAGUGUCCCCACGAUGUCAGGCCUGGCUCACCUCCGGAACCAGGAGCCUGAGUCUGCAGAUGUUUUGGGCCCCACAGCAGAAGGUGGGCACAAGAAUGUGAAGGCUCCGGAAACUCUGCAGCUCCCUCUUCUGAGAGCCUGGGAUUUGGCUCUGCCAUCAUUCAGGGGCCUCUAAAAGGAGGUAGAUACUCCAAAUGAAGCCUAACAAAGGUGCCCCAAAGUACAGCAGCUUUAAAAAUUGAGAUAUUUAUUUCCUUCUCACAUAAACAGAAAAUGGUUCAGGUCAGUGGGUAAGUCUGCUCCCUGUGGACCUUCUGGGUCAUCCCACCAACCCCAGAGCAUCAGCAUCACCUGCGUGGCUGAAGCAUGGUCACCACUGAAUCUAGAUUUCAACCACUGAGAAGGCAAAUAGAGAGCAUGGACAAGGGCCCCCUGAUGUCGUAAGCCCAGGCCUGGGAUUGGCACACGCUAUUUGCUCUCACGUCUCAUUGGCAAAUACUCAGUUACACGGCCACACUGUCUACAAGGGAGGCCAGAAGUGUUUUCUGUGAGAUAACCAUGUGCCUGGUCACAGGUCCACAACUGUGAUUCCUGGUAUAUUUUAUAUUAUUUGUAUGAUCUUAUUUUGUGUGUUCUACUUACUAUUGCUAUUUUGUCCUUAUAUUUUCAGCUUUCAUACUUACUGUUGGAUUGAUAAAGUCUCUUUUAUCACCCUCCCAUUUUUUUCUUAAGCUAAUUUGGAAGUUAUGAAUUCCAUUUUAUAUACUUCUAGUGUUUAUCCAUACUUUUUAUUUUAUUUUUUAAUUAAUGUGUAACAUUGACUUUCCUGAUGACCACCAAUACAAUCAGGAUAUAUAACUCCCAUCAUUCCAAAAAAUUCCUUGGUGUUGCUUCUGUGUAAUCAUACCUUCUCCACCCUCUCCUUGCUGGUGCUGCUGCUGCUAAGUCGCUUCAGUUGUGUCCGACUCUGUGCGACCCCAUAGACGGCAGCCCA